AUGCAAGUUCUGUGCCGGAGCGCAGUGAUCGCGGGGUUCCCGGGCGGGCAGGUGGGUCUCGCCCGGCUCCGUGCGGAGGGCUCGGCCUGGAAUUCUUCCGAGAGCCACAAUUGUGCCAAAAGCAUCUUGACCUCAGACAGGCUGCAGAUAGUCGUGACCCUGUCGGAGUUCUUUAACGAAACCUGGGAGGCAGCCAACUGUGCAAAUUGUUUAAUGAACAGCAGUGAGGGAUUAACAAAUUCUACUGUAGAAUUCCUGGAUUUAUUCAAUAAAUCUCUGACAUGUUUUGAACAUAACCUUCAGGGACAAAACAUCUAUCUGCCACCAAAUAACUAUACAGAAGUAUGUAAAAACUGCAACGAAACCUACAGAAUGUUGAAUGACCUGUAUAACAACUUACAAAGGAUGAACAGGCAAGGUGGAGAGUCUGGGCACGCCGCCCACUUGUGUAUCGACGUGGAAGACGCGAUGAACAUCACUCGGAAGCUUUGGAGCAGGACUUUCAACUGUUCGGUUCCCUGCAGUGACACAGUCCCCGUGAUUGCAGUUUCAUCCUUCAUUCUCUUCCUACCUAUCGUUUUUUAUCUCAGUAGCUUCCUUCACUCCAAGCAGAAGAAGCGGAUACUCAUUUUGCCCAAGCGCAUCCAGUCAAAUGCCAGUCUUGUGAACAUCCAAGAAAAAUACAGCUGAGCUGCAAAACAAAACCUGAGAACUGCUGCUGGUAUACAGUGGGUACAAUUGUGUUGGAAUGAGGCCGGCACAAAAGAGGAGUUAAUUAUGGUUUAGUGUAAUGAUACAGAGCAACACAAGUUAAACAAAAUGCUGUCUGACUUCUAAGCGAGGAUAUUAACAAACAUGACAAGGCAGGGCUGUGUGACACUGUAUGGACUCUGGUUCUGAAAAAUCUGUGGGUUUUUUUCAGUCUCA